AAUUUUCAUGUCGUCAGACGUUUUCUUUCUUCUAUCGCCUCUGAAUCACCUCUUCUUCUUCGCCCCCAUCACCUGAAGUCACAGUAUCAGAACCUCAAGUACCCCUCUUCGCCUUUUCCUUCACUUCUAUCAUCAUGUCAGAACAUCAGAUCUCUGAAACAAAUCCAUGCUUCUCUUCUCUUAUCUGGGUUUGAACCCAGUUCCUUUGCCUCCAAGCUCAUAUCCCUCUAUGCCUAUUUCGAUGAUCUUCAAAUUGCCAUGAUGGUUUUCAAGUCCUUGAAAGAACCCGGGACUAUGAUGUGGAAUUUGAUUAUAAAAUACCAUGUUGAUUUUGGUUACUGCGAUGAGGCUUUGUUGCUGUAUGGGAAAAUGAGAGAAGUGGGUGUUAGGCAUGAUUCUUUUACGUUUCCUGUGAUAAACAGAGCGGUUUUGGGGGCAAAUGGGGGUUUGUGUUUUGGGGAAAUCGUUCAUUGUCUUGCAAUGAAAAUAGGUUUUGGAUUGGAUUUGUAUUUUGGCAAUACACUGAUUGAGGUUUAUGGGAAAUUUGGGUGUAUUGGGCAUGCUUAUAAAGUGUUUGAUGAAAUGCUGGAAAGAGAUUUGGUAACUUGGACAUCUAUGAUAUCUGUGCUUGUUUCUGAGGGAAAUGUGGGUGGUAGUUUUACAUUGUUUGAGAAGAUGAGGGCGAGCAUGGAACCCAAUUCCGUUACUUUGAUUGUAUUGUUUCGAGGCUGCUGUGACUCUGGAAGUUUAAUAGAAGGGAGGCAAAUGCAUGGUUAUGUGAUCAAGAGUGGAGCUCUGAUUGAUGGUUUUGUGCAAAAUUCUGUUUUGAGACUGUACAAAAGAAUGGGCACUGAUGAAGAAGUUGAAAAUUUUUUUGGUGAGAUUCAUCAGAGGGAUGUAGUUUCAUGGAAUACUUUGAUUUCCUUUUACUCACUGACGGGAGAUAUUGAGCAGGUUGCAAAAAUAUUCUGUAAAAUGCGGGGUGAGGUAGAGGUCAGCAUGGAGACAUUAACCUUGGCAAUAUCAGCUUUAGCAAAAUCUGGGAAUCUAUCACAAGGUGAACAAUUACAUUGUUGUGCUAUAAAAUUGGGGCUACAGGAUGAUGCCUUGCAGACCUCUUUGUUGGACUUUUAUGGCAAGUGUGGAAAGUUGGGAAAUUCAACUCUUCUUUUAAGAGAAAUAACUGGGGGAAAUACCAUAGCCCAGUGUGCAAUGAUGUCAAGCUAUAUUCAGAAUGGUUACUUCAAGGAGGCAAUUGAAUUUUUCCAGAAAAUGCAACCUGCAGGUCAUAAACCAAGGCCUGAGAUUUUGAGCAAUGUCUUGAAUGCAUGUACUCAUCUUGGCAUCCUACAGUUUGGAAGAGAAAUCCAUGGCUAUUCCUUACGGAACUCAUUUUACAGUCACGAGGAAGAUAAUGCAUGCUUAGAAACUUCAAUAUUAAACAUGUACAUCAGAUGCGGGAGCAUUUCUUCUGCUAGAUUGUGUUUUGAUAGAAUGCUUGUCAAAGAUGUAGUGGCAUGGACAUCAAUGAUUGAGGGCUACGCAACCCAUGGAUUUGGCCUUGAUGCUCUAGAACUUUUUUGUCAAAUGAUAGAGGAAGGAGUAACUCCAAACAGUGUCACUUUUUUGAGUUUAUUAUCUGCUUUUAGCCACUCUGGCCUUGUAGGUGAAGGCUGCAAAGCUUUUCACUCCAUGAAAUGGAGAUUUGGUAUUGAACCCAAUCUGGACCAUUACACUUGCAUCGUUGAUCUUCUGGGUCGAUCUGGAAUGCUCAAAGAGGCCUUAACUAUAAUCAUGAAAAUGACUGCUUUUCCAGACGGUCGGAUUUGGGGAGCCCUUCUUUCAGCCUCUGUUAUUCAUGGUGACAGAGAAUUAGGGGAAUACGCUGCACAAAGGAUUUUGGAACUAGAACCUGAUAAUGUUGGAUACUAUACACUGCUUAGCAAUGUUCAGGCUUGCACUGGAAAGUGGAAUGAGGUGGAAGAAGUUCGGAAAGCUAUGUUCGAGAAGGAUUUGAAGAAGAAACCAGGGUGGAGUUUCAUUGAGGAAAAGGGGAACAUACAUUGUUUUGUUUCUGGAGAUAGAUCACACAAUCAGGUGGAGGUGAUUUAUGAUGUAUUGAGAUGUUUGCGUAGAAAAGUACAAGAACCUGAAUGUUUACCAUUUUGACUGAUUUAAAUCCUCAAGGAGGCAUAUACUGUUCUAAUUGAAGUACAAGGGCAUAUAUCAGAAAACAAAAAGUAACAAAAGGGGCAAAGUGUA